CACACCGGAUUUUCGGGUGAGCGCUUUAGGCACUCAAAACUCUUAAAUGAAGUGAAUAGAAUAUAAAAAAAUACCGGCUUUUAUAUUACAAAUACCGAAAAUAUAUUUCGGCGCCUGGCAGCACUGUUCUGCCGCGCGGCGCGCAUAACGCAUUAGUUGCUAGCCGCGCGCGGCUCCGAAACCGCGUCGCGUAGAAAUAUAUAAUGGAUAAAGACAGCUGUCGCUCCUUAAUACGACUUUACGGCUCAAAGUUGUUACUGUGGAACAGUACGUCUCCUUGGUAUCGUAAUAAACAUAUGAGAGAAGAGGCAUGGAAAGAAAUAAGUGCCGAAAUGGGCAUGCCUAUGCCGUUAUUGAAGAAAAAAAUGACUUCGCUCAUGUCCUGUUAUAGAAGAGAAAGAUGGCGCUUGGACAGAAAAAUAAAGAUUGGAUCUGGUCGAGGUGUUUGCAAGUCGAAAUGGUUUGCCUUUAACGAGUUCAGUUUCAUGAGGAACAAGACUUCUGACGAAACAAGCUGUGAAGUGAAGAAAACUAUUAAACAAGAAAUCGAUGCACAGAGUAAUGAAGAAUUAAUCACAUGUGAAAAUGACGAAGAUCCGUUGAAUUUGAACAAAGCACCAAAGAGAAGAAAGUUGAGAACAUUCAACAUCAUUGCUGGCUCUAACACCGAUCCGUAUUUCACUUUCGGUCAGAAUUUAGCGAAUGAACUGCGCAAAUACGACAGCCGAACACUAUCAUAUGUGAAACGGGCUAUUAAUAAUGUUAUAUUUGAGGCUGAUUUGGGUAAAUAUACACCGAAGAGUAGAGGGAGUUCAAGGGAGGAGUAGGAAAAGUGAAUACCGGUGUAGAGAAACAAGUGCUGUUACAAAACAAAUCACAUUCUUGAGUGGGAUCUUAAGUAGAUAUUUAAGAUUUUGAACUAAUUUGACUUAACAUCUCAUGUCUCAGGAUGUUCUCAGGCUGUUAUUUGAGCGGCUGAUGAUGAUUUAAUAAAAAUGUCAUAGCAGUGACAUGUUUUGAGAUGUUGUUGAUAUUAAGUAACGAUCUUAAGAUACUGAAGUUCUACUUCGAAAAACGAAAUCCUUAGUUUCGGAUGACGGAUACGUUACUACGAAGUGUUACAGAUCCGAUCCGUUCAUCGCAAUAUUUCAGACAUGGAAUUUGUUAGAACUUAUAGGAUUUCGCCAUCCCUUUUCAAAACCAUCUGCGAGAAUGAAGAUCCACUGCUUUCUCCUAAAAAAAUAAGGGGAAUUGAUCCUACCACUAAGGCAAGCUACAGAAAGGUGACGGUGAAGUAAUUUGGUAGUAAAGUUAAAUCCGAAGUUCGUCGUUUCUUCGUUUCGGACCGACGUUUCGACGUUCGUUUUUCGAAGUAGACGCUCUGUUUUCAACUCGGCAGAGUCUCAACUGAUAUCGCAGUUUACAGCGAAACUGAGGUGAAUCUAUACCGGAGUUUCUUUCUGCCUUUCUUCUUCGGGUAGUCAUCGCUUAGGUAGCUAGAGAAAGGUAGGUUAGCUAGGUUAGGGCUCAUGUCCUCGCCGGUGAGGAUCGAGUUUGCCUUAUUUCCCCCUACCUGCCAACCCGAGGCUACUUUGUUAUACCUUGUGCCUUGUAUUCCAUAAGAAUGAAAUAUAAACUAAAAACUAUUUAAACGGAUUUUAUCGCGGUUUUUUAUAUUAUUAUUU